CUCAGUUUCAAACGAGUGGUUUCAGGAGAAACAACAUCGCGUGCUUCCGUCGGAAUUAUGUGUGAAGUGAUUUUAUUUUCUGACUUGGCUUGAAUUAUUUGCAAUUAAUUUCCGAGGAAUUUCUCGUGAGAAAUGCAUAAACCUAAUGAUGCUUCAUUGAAAAUGCUAUGCAUGUUUUGCAUAUCUUGAUUAGUUUAAAGCGUGAUAUCAUAUGUUAAGACUGCUUUUGUGAUUCAAUAUGAUUGAUGUGAGUGUAUAUGGAAGUCAUGCAAUGCACGCUAGUGGUUUUCAAAGUGGAAAUUCAGGAUCAGACGGAUUCUCCUAUAUACCAACAAAUAAUCAUUACUACCAGAGACACUCAACAAAUGUGGACUGCAGCAAUACUGGAAUAGAUUCGUCAUCCUUUUCGGCGCAAGCAAUUGGAAAUCCUGCGAGUGCAUGUACUAACUCGCCUAACCCAGUUCAACAGCAAAAUUUUGCUCAUAGUCAUCUGUAUAGCCCAUCUGCAAUCGAGUAUGGAAUUACGACAUCUAAUUCCCCGUCGGAUCUUUAUUUCGAUAGUGAAACACAGAGUAUGUUCUACAACAAUAGUCAACAUACCAAUAGUCCAUUUGCACAAUCCAGAAUAAUAAGUGCAGACAAUGGAUUGAGUUACACAAAUCUUGAUUAUAUGUACAGCCAUCAAGAGAGCGGAGAUACUGUAAUCAGUCAAGAAAGUAAGAUACACUUACAUCGUUAUGAAAAUACAAGUGAACAUUCACUUAGUCACCAUUCGCUACCAAAUACAUCAUGGUAUUCAGAAGGAAGUUCACACCAUGCACAAUCGAGUAGUGUACCAGGAUUUUCAACAAAUAUACCACAUGGACUGAACAUUGUGCGACAAGACACGGAUAACAAAAUCAACACAGGAAGCAUAGGCUUGGCCAACAAUAGUGAUAGUGAUCAAGCAAUUCAUCAACUAAGACAUGAGCAUAUACAACAAAGUUCAACUAAUGCUCCAACAUACAAGUGGAUGCAAGUUAAACGCAACGUGCCAAAACCGCAAUUACCAAAAAGCACCCCUCAGACACCAGCAGAAUUCCACAUCAGUCAUCAUUCAGUGGAUCCAUUAAGAGGAUUAGCAGAUCAUAAUUUAGCAUCUUCAUCGAGUUCACAUCAAACCAGUUUUCUGAUGACAAACGUUAGUACCGGACGAACAAAUUUCACUAACAAACAGCUGACGGAGCUAGAGAAAGAGUUUCAUUUCAACAAAUACUUAACACGAGCCAGAAGGAUUGAAAUAGCCAAUACUUUGCAACUGAAUGAAACCCAGGUCAAAAUAUGGUUCCAAAAUCGCCGCAUGAAACAAAAAAACGGAUUAAAGAAGGAUUAGUACCACAUGAUAGUCAAUGUCCAUCUCCGAAGAUCAUUAAUAGCCCUUCAGAUACUACUCCUAUGAAAAUGCCACAAUUACAGAAAGUAAUGAUAACAGCCGAGAGUCUACUUCAUU